ACAAGACGGUCCGGUUCAUUUCCCAUCCACCCCUGUAGUUUCGGUUUCUGUUUUGCCUGAGGGGUAGGUUAGGCAGCGGCACCGAAACCUGGAUUUUGAAAAGAAAAAUAGAGAGAAAAGAGAAGAAAAAUAUAGGCACGAAAGAGAAGGAAAAUAUAGACUGCGAAGUCGUUGUAUCAGAACCUUUAAAUUCCUCCAAAAACUUCACCACUUGGACUAUCCAUAAGUCAAGAGUAGACGGGAAAGGCGGAAGUCGUCCACAUGAUUUGGAUUUUGAGGUUUUGCAAGCAAUGAGGUGUUGUGACAACAAAAACGUCACCAUUUGGACGAUCCAUAAGUCAAGAGUAAACAGGAAAGGCGGAAGUCGUCCAUAGGUUUUGUAAUUUGAGGUUUUGCAAGCAAUGGGGUGCUGUGGCAACAAAGAGAAAAGGACUGAAUGGACUCCACUGGAGGAGAGAAGUGUUACAGAUAUACCAUGGCUCAUCCUUUUCAUUUUCUUUUGUACUGGCAUGGCCAUAAUUACUGGGUUCUCAGUUGCCAAGGGUGGUACAUCCAGACUCAUAAACGGAUAUGACAGCUAUGGGAACAUCUGUGGGAAGAACAACAGCAAGAUUAUAGAUCACCCUCUGAAUGGCCAGAAUUUCGCUAGCAGAAAGUAUGUGUUCUUCCUGGACCCCUGUAACAUUGACCUGGUUAAGAGGAAGAUCAAUUCAGUGGCUCUCUGUGUAUCAUCAUGCCCAGAUAAGGAACUCGGAAACCUCAGGGAAGUCCAGGAAUAUGCACGUCUCAAUGGUUCAUCCCUAUGUAGAUAUGACAUAGAGCCCUCCUCUUACCCCAGCCAUCCUGACAAGGCAACCAGCUGCCCAAAAUUGCCUGUUAAGCCCAGUAAAGUACGGUUUAACCGCUGUAUUCCAGUUGAUAUCACAUGCUACGCCCAGUUUGCUCAGGCCAUAGUCAACUCCAUUAGUGAGAAUGUGUUUGAGAAGGUUGUCAUCGGAGUUCUGGCUUCAAAGGAGAUCAUCUUUGGACUCUGUGUGCUGUCAGUAGUUCUCUCAGGAAUUCUGAUGGUGGUGAUCAGAUACAUCUCUGCCAUACUGGUGGUAAUUCUCACAGUCCUUGUGGUCUUGGGCUCUCUCGCUGCCACUGGUGUUUUAUGGUGGUUGUAUGCAGACCUCAAGAAGUCUGUUAAUUCCACCUCGCCUGUUGAACAAGCAAUAGCUCAAGACAACACCCAAGGUCUCCUUGCUUUUGCCAUCACAGCCACAGUGUUGACGGUGGUGCUCCUGCUGUUGAUCGUCUUCCUGAGGAAGCGGGUGGCUCUUACCAUUGCACUGUUCCAUGUGGCAGGGAAUGUCUUCAUUCAUAUACCUCUGAUAGCCCUGCAGCCAGUGUGGACCUGUCUGUCCCUCCUACUCUUUUGGGUCUGUUGGCUUGCAGUGCUCCUGUCUCUGGGAACUUCAGGAAGCCCUGAGAAGAAUGUAAACACAGGUCUGGUGGAGUUCAAGCUAGAUGAGCCGCUUCAGUACAUGGUGUGGUACCACGCUGUGGGCCUCAUCUGGAUCAGCGAGUUCCUUUUGGCCUGUCAGCAGAUGACUGUGGCUGGGGCUGUAGUCACCUACUACUUCACCAGAGACAAGUCCCAGCUCCCUAUGACGCCCAUCCUUUCCUCAGUCCUACGGUUGGCACGCUACCACUUGGGCACUGUGGCCAAAGGGGCCUUUAUCAUCACCUUGGUGGAGAUCCCCCGCCUCAUCCUCACCUACAUCCAUAACCAGCUUAAAGGCAAAGAAAAUGCCUGUGCUCGCUGUAUGGUCAAAGCCUGCAUCUGCUGCCUGUGGUGUCUUCAGAAGUGCCUUCAGUACCUGAACCAAAACGCAUAUACAGCCACUGCCAUCAACAGUACAAGUUUCUGCACAUCUGCCCGGGAUGCAUUAAUUAUCCUGGUGGAGAAUGCUGUUCGUGUGGCUGCCAUUAACACCGUGGGGGAUUUCGUUCUCUUCUUUGGAAAGGUGCUGGUUGUGGCGUGUACAGCAUUUGUGGGUGUCCUUACUCUGAGGUACCAGCAAGAAUAUACGGUAUGGGUUGUGCCCGUAAUUAUCGCCUGUCUAUUUGCCUAUUUGGUCGCCCACUGUUUCCUGUCAGUAUAUGAGAUGGUGGUGGAUGCGCUCUUCCUCUGCUUUGCCAUCGACUCCAAGUACAAUGAUGGGAGUCCAGGGAAAGAGUACUACAUGGACAAGUCUCUCAUGGAGUUUGUAGAGAACAGCCGUAAAGCAAUGGAGCGGGACACAUCGGCUGGCAGUAAAUUGAUGCCACUGGCAGAUAGAGGCACGUAGGCUUGGCUGGGCCAGAUGACAUGAAGGACACCUCAACCUCUGAUCCUGUUUUAUAAUGCAAAUGCAGCUCAUAAUGCUUCAGAACAGUCACAGUGAAGUACUGCAUUCUAAUUUGCCAAAUUGUAACACAUUUAUUACUUUUAAAAAUCUGUUGUUUAUACUAAAACAGCUAUGGCCAUGUCUUUAUUUGAACAGAUAUAGGGACAAUUUCUUCAAUUGACCACUGGAGGACACUGUAAUCCUUUUUGCCAUAUUGAGCACUGUGACACCUUUAAACUGGCCAUGUAGAGAUGUUUAGAAAAUUGAACUUGAAAAAAAAAGAGAUGAACCAUCUUUGACUCAGGACAGACCUGUAUGACACAGACAGAGCAUUCUGUUUUUGUUACUCUACAUCCAACAGUCAACAGAAACUGUAAAAGUUCAAUUCAUACUGAAAGCAUGGGAUGAACUACUGUCUAUAAUCAUAUUUUGACAUUGUGAGGCAGCUUGAAAGUGCAAACAAAAACAUGACUGGCUAAGGUAGCUAGCUAACUUAACCACUGGUUUUAUCCCAUCUAACUGGCUUCAUGGGAAAUAACUCAAUGAUUCACUAUGUGGUUACUAAUUGAGCAAUGUGUCUGAUUGCUUUUGAGAAAACAAAAACAUUUAUAUAGAGGGAAAUUAGUUUAUGAGGGUAUUUAACUCCCUGUAUAUUAGUUGCAAGCACAAUUCCAAGACUUGCCUUUCAGUUUAAAACUAUUGUCAUCUUUAAGCCUCUGCUAUGAGACGUCAUCUGAUGUGUCACGCAUGUCUACCUCCGCAUUUCUUUUGUUGAUAAGUUGCAUAUUAAUAUUUUUGUCUACUUCUAAAUUAUUACUUCUUCUUUGGAGGCAUUACUGCGUGUGUACUUGAUACGUCUCUGGCAUCACUGAGUGUACUGUAGGUGUUGAUAGUCAAACACAAACAAAAAGACACUCAGAGAAAAACAACACAAACAAAUGCAGCCUUUAAGGCUGUGGUGUGUAGUUUUUAGUGGCAUCUAUUAGUAGAAAUGGAAUGUAGAAUUGAUAAUUAUGUUUUCAUUAGUGUAUCAUUUUCUGUAACUAUGAAUCGCUCUUUGUACCUACAUAGGGAGUGGGUCCUUUUUUCCACAGAGUCCGCCAUGCUUCUACAGUAGCCCAGAACAGACAAACCAAAAUACUGGCUUGAGAUAGGGCUUUUCGUGUUAUGCCAUUUGACGGCCACUGUAGGUACUCACACACGCUUGUUAAGGGAGGGGAAUUCAGCUGGUUGCAAUUCAGCAACCUCACCACUAGAUGCCACUAAAAACAACGGUCACAGUGAAGUAUUGUAUUCAAAUUUACCAAAUAGUUUAAAAUUGUAUUCCUUUUGUUAUCUGUGUGUUUUACAGCGAUAAAUUGUGUUACUUGAAUUUUCAUUUAACGCCAUUAAAAAUCUAUUGUUUAUAAUCUAAAA